AAAUUGUCAACCGAGAUACUUUUGUACUUGUUACCGGUUUGCUCUUCGGUUUUCUUAUUUUUUUCCAGGGCGCCACUUCUUUGAGGUGAUUCUGACGCCCCAUAUAAAGUGACGUGCGGCGGGAGUGGUCGACAUCAUUAAGUCGACGUCUUCGCCAGAGUCGGGCGGAUAUAUAGUCCUCAGUCCCCAGUCCCCAGUCCAAUCGCAUCCCAUUGCUUCCUGUGCGGCACGUGCCAUUUCGUACUAUCCUCGAGAAGUCCCAUUGCAAAGGAAGUGAUUCCAAAAUGGCAGGCAAACUCCUGACAGUGUUCUCCCUCCUGGCCCUCGCUGGAUCCUGCCUUGGAGGCUUCGCGGCCACCUAUGCGGGUUACCACCCGGCCUACGCCACCUACCAGGCUCCGGCUGCCGUCUACCACGCCGCUCCCGUGGCCCAGGCGGCUGUCUACCACCAGGCUGCUCCGGUUUUCGCCAAGGCAGUGGUGCCAGCUGCUCCCGUGUACACCAGAUCCUAUGCCCUGCCUACUCCAGUGGUCAGGACUGUGGCUGCUCCUCUUCCAGUGGCUGCUCCUGUGGUCAAAGCCGUAGCCCCCGUGGUGGCUGCUGCUCCAGCUCUCAAGCAGGUGGAGUUGGAGUCCUCGCCGCGGUAUGACUUCUCCUACGGCGUCCACGACAGCAUCACCGGGGACAUCAAGAGCCAGGUGGAGACCCGCGAUGGCGGCAAUGUGGUGGGAUCCUACUCCGUCCUGGAUGCCGAUGGUUUCAAGCGCACGGUCACCUACACCGCCGACGAUGUCAAUGGAUUCAAUGCCGUGGUCCAGAGGGAGCCAGUGGUGGCUGCCCGUGCUGUGGUCCCAGCCGUGGCUCCAGCUGUGGUCUCAGCUCCUGCUCCUCUGCCCGUCCAUGUGCCCGCUCCCGUGGCCUCGCUGCCCGCCCCUAUCUACUAUCCCCACCAGCAGACGUUGUUUGCCCCCCAGCAGCAGGUGCAACAGGUGGCCGAGCAGCAGAGUGAGGUGGUGGAGGCUCCUGCGGCCACUCAGCCAGAGCUGGAGCCCACGCCCAUCGACUACAACGAGGGUCAGCAGCAGCAGCAAGAGCAGCAGCAGCAGCAGGAGCAUCAGGGGCAGACCUAUCCCCAGGACCAGCAGUUCCCGCCCUUCUCGCCGGCUGGCCAAUCCUCUCCAGCUCCCGACAGCGAUGACUCCGAUGUGGUCGAGGCACGCUCUGCCCCUGAGUCGAACAGCAGCACCACCUCCACCACCGCGGCUCCAGUCGCGGAGGAUAACCAGAAGACAGCCUAAUAUGAGAUAUGACCGGAAACAUUUUUGAAACUAUGCGAAAAUAAAUUUUUGUUCCUUUGAGAUUUUUUAAUUUAAAUUUAAUAUAAAAUAAUUGAAUGUCUGUUGAUUAAUUAGUACAUAUAAAUUCUGUGUUAGUAAAUAAUUUGUUUAAAUAGAGCAUUGUUUGGAAAAUAAUAAAAAUACAUUUAAUUAUU